AUGUGCAGUGCUGUCUGCUCUCAACAUCCCUUGAGUUUCCCGGAAAAGAAGAGAAGAGCUUCAAACAAACCCAUACUCAUAACCGCAGCAUAUCCCCAAGAGUUAACACUACCUCGUUUCAGAGAUAUUCAUCAGCCAUCGCUACAAAGUCCGGAUUCAUGGCGAAUCCAGAAGAGAAGAGAAUGCCAGAUGACCCGAAAAGAAGAAUAUAAGAUUACAAGCAGAGUUACUCUUAUCCUAGAAAAAGAUGCAAGUGUGAGCAAAUUAAGCAAUGGGUCCCUCUAUUCACAACACCUUCCAUAA